AAUUGCGCAUGCGCAAGGCUCAGCGGACAAACGGCUCUGGUGAAUCGGUUGCACGCAGAAGCAGGGCUGUGGUUUGGGGAUCCAACAGUACUGGUGUCGGUACCGCGGCGAAGGGAAAACUGUGAGUUCCGGUAAUAUGGUGGCCUCGCAAAUUCGGGACAAUCUCGGUCUUUUCCCUCUCUAUCAGCCCCACCUCCCUAUUCGGACUCCACUACGAUUUCUGCUGAUCUGUAAUGGCGGCGGCGCCAUUUCUACCGCGCGUGCGCAUUACUGGAAGCGUGACGGAUAGAUGGGUAUCCUAUUCGUGAGGAUUUCUGGGUAAAGAGGCAGUCAUGGCUGACCUUUUACCGCUUUCCGCACCAGUCCGUUUUAUAUCGUUCCGAUUUAAUCUUCAGGUGAGAAAUGGCGAAGAAUUUGUGAACAGGAAUCUCAAACUCGAGCACCUCAGGUUUGCUGCCUCCGCAGAUUUUAAGGAGUGACCAUAUAUUUCCUCUGUUACACCAAUAUAUUUAUUGUGAUCCUUGGAGAUGAAGAAUUAUCUCAUUCCAGCUGAGAAUGUGCUCUGUGACUGAGAUGAAUUUUGCUGUUGUGACUCAGUGAAAUCCACUAGAACUGACGUGCUGAGAACACUAGGUCUUCAACUGCAUUGAUUGUACAAGGGAGUCACUAUGUCAAUCAUCUGACUUAAUGAAUUGCUAGAGAAUUGACAGUAGGGAAAUAUCAUUCUCAGGAACUCACUCAAUUAUCUGACCAACUGUCUCACUGUUCAGUUCACCUUAGAGAAAGGCUGUUCAGCUCAGAAUUUGGGAAGGAAUUCAUUCAGUCAUCUGACCUACUGACACACCAAUCAAUUCACACUGGGAAAAUGCCGUUUACUUGCUCAGACUGUGGGAAGGGAUUUCCACGGUCAUGUCAACUGAAGCUACAUCAACGAGUUCACGCUAGUAAGAAACAAUUCACCUGCUCAGACUGUGGGAAGGGAUUCAAUUCAGCAUCUCAGCUGAAGGAACAUGAGCGAGUUCAUACUGGGGAGAGGCCAUUUACCUGCUCAGACUGUGGAAAGGGAUUCACUUUCUCAUCCAACUUACAUAGACAUCGGCGAGUUCACACUGGGGAGAAACCAUUCAUCUGCUCAGAUUGUGGGAAGAGAUUCACUCGCCCAUCUCACCUGCAGACACAUCGAUCAGUUCACACCGGGGAGAAACCAUUCACCUGUUCAGACUGUGGGAAAAGAUUCACUCAGUCGUCUGACUUUCUCAGACACCAGUCAGUUCAUACUGGGGAGUGGUUGUUCACCUGCUCAAAUUGUGGGAAAGGAUUCAGUCGGUUAUCUCAACUGAAAAUACAUCAGCGAGUUCACACUGGGGAGAGGCCAUUCACCUGCUCAGUCUGUGGGAAGCAAUUCACUUGGUCAUCUCACCUGUACAGACACCAGCGAGUUCACACUGGAGAGAGACCAUUCACCUGUUCCGUGUGUGGGAAAGGAUUUGCUCGAUCAUCCCACCUACAGAGACACGAGUCAACUCACAGUAUGAAGAAACCAUUCACCUGCUCAGACUGUGGAAAGGGAUUUUCUCAGUCAUCAGACCUACUGACACACCAGUCAGUUCACACGGGACAGUGGUUGUUCACUUGCUCAGAUUGUGGAAAAGGAUGCACUUCGUCAUCUCAACUGAAAGUACAUCAGCGUGUGCACACUGGGGAGAAGCCAUUCACCUGCUCAGACUGUGGGAAGGGAUUCGCUCAGUUAUCCACCCUACAGAUACACCAGCGAGCUCACACUGGGGAGAAACCAUUCACCUGCUCAGACUGUGGUAAGCGAUUCACUCAAUCAUCCAGCCUGCAGACACACUUGAGAGUUCACACUGGUGAGAGGCCGUUCUCCUGCUCUGAAUGUAAGAAGCGAUUCAGUCGGUCAUGUGACCUUACGACACACUACCGAGUUCACAGAGAGGACAAAAUUUAAAUAUGCCUCAUGCUGGAUAUUUAACCAUCAACAUUGCUGAAUCCAGAGACAAAUUCAAAAGAGACUGUUGGUGUUGAACUCAGUAAUUAUUGCUGCUGCUUAUCACACCCAGUUCUACACCCUGGCCACUGGAACUGAGAGGAGUUUCUUCUGCUGCUGUUCACCUUUAAUCCUUUAAUGGAAGUGGAAAAUAAUUUUCUGGAUCUGUGAUUAAUAAAUCAGUUCUAUUAUAAAAUUUGCCUUGGGUUCAUGCUGAAUUUACAAGUCACCCCAUGUACAGUAGGGAGUCAUCUUAGUCCAGCUAGACCCUUCCAGUGUUUCUGUUCCAUGAUAAUCCUUUUAAAUCCAUCCUGCUGUUCUCCUCUCACUCUCCCUUUGGUGAUGGGUUCCAGACAGUCUCCACUGUGGGUGAAGAAGUUUUCUGUGUGACUUUCUACAGACUGAAGAAGACAAGCUGACUGCAGUUAUGUUUCUCUCUCAGAUCUCUUGCCUAACUUUGAUAAUUACCCUUGUUGGCCAGAAGGGACUACAGUCUACAAAUUAUUGGAUUUGAAUGAAUCAAGGUCAGUGGAAGUAGACAGAAAGAGCAACAGUCUACAAAUCAGUGGAUUCAGAUGAAUCAGGAUAGUAGCAGACAAUCCAAGUGUCUUUGUUUUCCCCCAUUUUGUGAACUCUGAACUGAUACUUACUCGGGGAUAAUCUAAUCAGAGCAAUUGAAUGUGGACAUAAGGAGUUUAAAGUGAUGACCUGCUGAACCUGAGACCAUUCUCAGAUAAGUAGCAAUUUAUUAUGUAAAGUGCCAGACCUACCAAAGAAGCAAUCUGUAAUCAAGUUAAACUGAAUGUUUGGGUCAACUCGUUUAAUUGGUUUGGACCAUUCAGAGUUAAAAGGCACAAAUACACAAAGGUGGGAGGGGCAUUAACCAUGGAACAACAUUGGUUGUAGCCCUGGACUAGAGCCAGUAAGAAGGUGACCAAAGUAGGUCAGGUGACCUUGAGCCAAUGGGAUGGAAAUCCAUUCAUUCAACUGAUGAAGGAAACUAUAAGAAUCUGGAGCUCCAAAUGCAAAAUGGUGAUAACUGUCCAGCAACCAGAGACCAACCAUCACAGAUGAGGAGGACCCCACAGACACGUGGAGAUCGGGACCACAAAGAACACCUGUCCAGCGUAGACUCCUUUACUGGGUUUAAUUCAACGUGGAGAGAAUAAUGUAUCUUGUUGCAAUGGAAUUAACCCUGACUGGGGCCAUGGUCAGUCUUGCUCCAGAGCUAUUACACAAACAUAUCAAUGGUGAGGCCAUUGCUUGGAGAACAUUCAGUGAAAAAAAAAUCUACUCAAUGGAUACGGGUAAUGUGGACUAACAAAGAAGAAAUGGAGGACUCAAAUUUGUAUUGUACUGGGGAAGAUUGCUUGAAAAAACCUUGGGUAUUCCAGAAGGUAAAAAGCUACAAUUCCAAUGCAAUAAAAUUCUAGAGGUGGCAUUAUUCAGUAUCCCAGAGGGGAUAAUCAUAAGUUACUGUUUAGGUGCAAUUACUCAGUAGCCUUCAGGUAAUGAUGGCCAAAAUAAGAUUACAGUUCUGUGGGAUCACACUCAAGUGAUUAUUGAGUGUAGUAGCGAUCUAUACAAGAGGUAUGUCGACUGGGCUGGCCACUCCAAGCAUUUCUCAAAAGUUGCUUCUAUCAUUAUAAACUGUCCACAGGAGAGUAGAAUGGAGAAGGCUCUAAAGGAGAUGGGGAAGUGUUUCUGUCAGGGCCCAGGCCCUUUCCAGGUUUUAAAAAACUGAGAAAAAUCUCUACCCCACCCCUUAAGUGAUGGAAACUACACCAGAGCCUAAAUGUAGUGAUAACCAGUGUAAUACAAAUGGGAUAGGAUUAGUGCUGGAAGAUAUGGGGAAUUUGUCACUUUGGUACCAGGGUACCAGCAUGUGCAGGUAAUUUUUAAUCUCACUGAAAUAAUGGUGCUCACCUACCACCAUGAAGCAAUUUUGGAAGAUAGCUAAGCUGUAGUGAAUUUAAGUCCGUCAAAAGUAGAAGGGGUAGCAAAAGUCAUCACCCUAGACAUAGCAGAAUUAGAAAGCCAGAUACAGUCUCUCCAGCAGAAAAUACGAAAUAUUACUGGAGAAAAUUAUAAAGAUCAGCUACAAACUAAUCAGAGUCGUCGAGAUGCAUCCCAGGUAACCCUUGAUGUAGUUAAAUUUCUGAAGCCCCUUGUGAUGGACAUGGACUAUGCCUUUAAAAGAGAGAGAGAGAGAAACUGACUGCAGUACUGCUGCCUGCUUCUGGGUUGCUAUGGUGAAAGAAGUGGAGUUAUAUGAUAGACAAUUGAUGUUUACAGAUACUUUGCACCAUGUUUAUGUAAUCAAGGUCAGAUGACUCUCUCCCAGAGAGAGAUAGGUGGAACACCGGUUAAGGCGGCUGGUCAAGGAGAAGGAUUCCAGGGACAGAAAAGUCAUCGGGUGAAACUUUCGAAUGCCCACAAGGGUGGGUUGAGGAUCGAUCAGUGUCUAUCACGGUGUGUAGAAGGGCUGACCCUAUGGAGGCUGCCAGUGUGUUUACCCUUACCUGGGUGGUAGUUUUACCUCCAAGACGGUACUCUUUGUGAUCAGCUAUAUUUGGUUAACUCGUCAGUGGAUUCGGAGUCUGAUGAUGGAAGACCAAUGGCACCUGUUUAUUCGUUCUCCAAUUGUGGAUUUCACCUUGGCUUACAGAUACCUCUCUCUUCCGCCCCACCAACUCUGUGCAUUGAACCGAAUUUUCUGAAAUUACCAUCAUAAGACUUUAAAUCUUGCCACUCGAGCUUGAACAAUUUUGGGAAUUAUAUUUACACACAUGUAUAUGCAUAACACUGCUAACUUUAGAUUUACCUGGUUUAAGUUGCUAUAUUAAGUAGUUACUAAUAAAAAGUGCUUUUUAGCA